GCCGUCCUAGAGCAACGCAAUCUUGGGUUGAUACCAACCAACACGAUGAGCACCAAGAAUUGGCCCCACAACGGCCACGGAGCCUCCGACCCCGACCGGGACCGGGAUGACCUCGCCGUUGGCCGGUCCUCCGUCGACACUCACCACCACGAACCCGACGAGCACACCCGCCUCCUCCCCAACCGGGUAGACAGCACCAGCAUCUCCUACCUCUCACCCGACGACCCAGCUGUUUCCCCCUACAACCUCUGGACGGUUCGGCUCGUGCGCGCCAUCACCGUCAUCUUCACCUGCCUCACCUUCAUCUGCUUGCUGUUCUUUGCGGUGCCGAGUCAACCCGCGAGAGUGGUAAGCAUUGUUACGGCGGCGUUGUUGCUUGUGGAUGUGGUCAUGAUGCUGGCGGUGGAGAAGACGAGGCAUGAGGAGUUGUGGGUAGGCGUGGCUAGCGUGAUAUGGGCGACCUUGAUGGCUGUUUGGGCGGUGGCGGCUGAUCGGACUGUGCAGUGGGGCAAAACUGAGGAAGAAGAACGGCUCACGGGCCGCCCGGAGACGAGGCGUACACUGCUCGAAUGGGUACAGGUGCUUUUGUCUAGCAUCAUGUUGACGCUCGUGUCGAUCGUUGUGCUACUUACGACUUGCACGCUCACACUCCGCGCUCUAGACGCGAGAGUAGCGCCGCCAGGAGAGCGGUACUGGGUCGAUGAGGACAAGUAUCAGAUCCAUCUGUUCUGUUCUGGUCCCAAGGUGGAUGCUCAUGGAAACAGGACGACUACUGUGCUCUUUGAGGGUGGCGAGGAUGCGGUUGAGCGUGAGCUCUGGCAGUUUGCUGAUAACGCGGUCAAAAACGGUUCCAUCGCCAGAUAUUGCUUCGCUGAUCGGCCGGGAAUCGCCUGGAGUGACGCAGCCCCUUCACCACUCUCGGCAAGCAUGGCAUCUGAUGUUUUGAGUCAAGCGUUAUCGCGCGCAGGAGAGGACGGACCUUGGGUGCUUGCCAGCGCUGGCAUCGGUUCCCUGUACUCACGGGUCUUCAGCUCGCGACAUGGCCAAGAGGUGCGCGGGCUUCUCAUGAUCGAUCCAUUGCACGAAGACCUUCUCGGACGAGUCGGGGCUCCCGGCCGUGGCUUCCGCCUCUGGUUGCAAGGCGUCCUCUCCCCGUGCGGUCUUGAUCGCAUCCCCGCCGCCAUCCUCCGACACCGAAGCGCCAGGGACCGCAUCUACGGCGGGUCUGCUUACCAGUCCGGAGGAGUGAUCUUUGCGAAGCUGCAGGAGAGUCUGGUGGCCAACUCGCUCACCCGACGAGAUGUGGUGUCCAGCAGAACCAUCCAGUAUAGGACCACACCCGUGGUGGUGGUGACGUCUGGGGUGCAGAUGCGGAAGGACAGCGAGUGGGAGAGCAAGACCAGGCGCCUCAUCAAGUCUGGCGGACUUUGGAGGGACGCGAGAUGA